UAUUGUACUAUACAUGAUAUUUAUUGUUAUUUUAUUGUAUGGUAUAUGAUACCAUUCAGAGUAGAAGUUAUGCUAUGUCAGGUAUUUUAAUCUGUUUAUUGUUUAUCCGGACGUGUGUAUCCGAAUUUGUGAUGUCCACUUAGAGAUCGAUUUUUGCAUAAUGAACCAGGUAGCAUUGUAAUCUUUGGAUCAUUUCUGUAAGACUCUUUUACUACCUUCAGGUCAUGGUGUAUUUAACUGCUUAUCAGAUGUAUUUACGAAGAAAUCUUGCUUUAUUUACAAAUUUACAUUCACUUCUGGGUUGUUAUUAAGCGGUGUCACGGUAACUUUCUCCUUAGUAACGAUAGAAGGUCACCAUUUUUGUGUUGAAGCCAAAUAGACGAAAGAUGAGCAACAAAAGGACUUAUGCUAACGCUAUGGCUGAACCUAGAAGGGGUAAGACCUACGUGUGUCUACACUGUCAAGCGGUUGGGAAGACCUAUGUGGAAGUGAAGUAUCGUCUCACAGCGCAUGUAUACAAACACCACCUAGCGUUAGACAAAGCACCGUACUACUGCACCCUAUGUCUCAUGAGGUGCACCACCAAAUCAGCUCUAAUAAAUCAUGUUACAAAGUACAGCAGACAUCGGUUGGCCGCAGCAGAAUUGGGAGCAACAAAUGAUGGACGCUACUUGGUAGAGAAUCCUCGGGCAGCUGAGCUUGUGUGUGGCAGGGACUACCGGGAAAUAUCUCCCAUAGAAGCCUCCAAGUUAUUUCGUAGUAACUGCAGGGAUAGUGUAGAGGACUUUUCAGAUCAGGAGGGAGAGUAUUGCCAUGAACCAGCGCAAGCAGUAAGAGCAAGCCCAGCGGUCAGUUCCUUGCCAGGUGUGAGUAAUAGUACAUCUGGCCUUAUCAACGUACAGCUUACGCCAGAGAUGCUCUCCAGUCUUCUUAAAAACCAGCCCUUGCAAAACAAUCUCUUCCAUUCAUCAUUGCCGCAGGCAACUAGCUCUGAGAUGUCUGUUACAAAACCAGCAGAAGUUCCUCUACAGCCCUGUGGUUGCCUCAGUGCCGUCUUAUACACCUACACCUAUCGCACCAAAGACACCGCCGCUACUUAAGACAUCGCCAUUCAUAUCAUCAGCCAACAAGAGUACUUCUUCGUUGAACCCCACUGGAACUGCGUUUGGUCCACCUCAACUGUCCAUGACACAGAUUGUAACUUUGUCAGAACCAUCUACUUGUCAUGCCCAGACACAUCCCAUUAGUACAGAAGAACGACAGUAAAAAUCUACAUUAAGCACACCACGUAUGAGCAGCACGACCGAAAAUCUAAUGCCAGGCAUUCUUGGGAACAUGUAUGACUUCGGAUCUGAGUUUAAUUUUGACCAUGACUGGACAGACAGCCCUAUCUCAAAUGAACAGCCUAUCAAGACACCGAUGUUACCUGUUAGCAAAGGUUCUGAAUGUACCGCAGCACAGAUCACCGAUCCGCAACCUACAGCAGCACAGAUCACUAAUCCUCAAACUACAGCAGCACAGAUCACUUGUCCUCAACCUACGGCCACUCCAACCAUUAACACUAAGGAAGUCAAAGAAACUGUAACUUUAACUUGUGAGGGAGAACCAGAAGCAAAAAGGGCAAGACUUGAUGCAGAAGAAAGUAAAAGACAGUAUGAAACGAUAGCUAAAGUUGUGGAGGAUAGCACUAAACAGCUAGUUUCUGCUAUAGAAACCAACAGUAGAGCAAUCAGAGGGGUUGAUAAAACACUUGGACAGUUUCUAGAGGUACUGCAGAAGAUGAAUAGGACGAUGGAGAGGAUGGGUGAGGAGCAGAGGAGGGAGCAUGAACGUAGGCUGGAGGAGAGUCAGAGGCGAGAGAAGGCGGAAACAACAAAAAGAAGCGACGAGAGAGACAACAGAAAGGAAACUUCCAAGAAGAGUGAGGGAAAAGAGAACAGAGUGUUAAAAUCCACUGUAAAAAAGGUGUAAAUCAGUUAACACAGAUAAAAUGAAAGUAACCAGACAGGGACAUUUAGAACUGUAUCUCUUUUACGGGUUUCAAGUGGUGCUGAACAGACGUAAAUUAAUUUCCAACCAUAGGAACAUUCGGAAUUGUAUUUCUUUUAACGCGCGUCAAGUGGCGCUGAACAGAUAUAGAUGAAUCUCCAACCAACGGAACAUUAAGAACUGUAUUUCUUUUUUACGCGUUUCAAUUGGUGCUGUACAGAUGUAGAUGAAUCUCCUACCUCAGGAACAUUUAGACUGUAUUUCUUUUACGCGUUUUAAGUGGUGCUACGCAGUUGUAGUUGAAUCGCACAAUUCAGGAACAAAUAGGACUGUAUUUCUUACUAGGAUAAGUUUUAGGCGUCUCGAGUGGUGUUAAACAGAUGUUAAGGAAUUACCAAAUUCAGGAAUAUUUAAAUUUACUCAUAUUUAGUGAACUAUUUACGCAGAGCAGUAUUAGACGAAUCACAGAACUCAGGGACAUAAAGACUGUAUUUCUUGUGCAAUUUAGUGAGGAGCCACAAUGUAUUAUUAUUGUUUAUUAUAAUAUUUAUAACAUGUGUUAAUAUAGGUAUAUGGCAGCCUUACUGGACAUUUAAUGUUAAUUUUGCUCAAAAUGAGGUUAAAUUUACUAGUCAAGUUAGAGAGUGUGUUUUAUGGUCAAAGUAUAUGUAAAAUUAAUGCUUGUAGGCAUUUUUGUAUUUAAAUUUGAAUUUUCUCAUUUUUAUAUGUGCUAGUUGACUUAAAGUCAUCAUUUCAGAUGUUUUGUCUUUAAUAAGUAAUUGUUAUAAUGUUAGUUAAAUUUUGCAUAGUUUAAAGAUUAACUGUCAUGUUGUAAGUUAAAAUUAUUAGUUAAAGAUUGACUGCCAUGAUGUAAAUGGAAAAUUCCUUAAAGGUUUACUGUAAG